CAUUUGAAAAGUCUUGAAGAUGCGUAAUCUCUUCAUGCUCGCUAUAUUCCUCGUGUUCGCAUACACUUAUGCGGUACCUCAACGUGGACUUCCUCCCUGUCCGGAAAAUGCUAGCUUUCGGCCGUGUGGUCCAGCCUGUCCCGUAAUGUGUACAAAUCUCAGGCCACAAUGUCCAGGACAACCCUGCAGAGCCGGGUGCUUCUGCAAUCCUGGUUGGAUUCAACAAAGUCCUGGUGGUCCGUGCGUAAGAACGUGUCCUCGUUAAAAGUCACGCUUCCUCGAUUAAAACAAGGAAAUAUAUUGUCUUC